AAGUAGUUGGGCCGACCCCGGAAUAUGUUGCAGGCGGCGGUGAGGACUCCAUCCGGAGCCGGAGCCAGAGUCAGAGCCGGAGCCAGAGUCAGAGUCAGAGUCAGGCCCGGGGAUCGGCUGCGGCGGUAGCAGCAGCAGUAGCAGGAGGGAGAGGACAGAGUCGUGGGGAGCAGAGCAAUCAUCAGCCGCUGGAAAUGGGGACUCAAGGACCUGGUAGGAAAAGGAUUGCCAACCGGGAACGGCUGUCUGCAGAAGAUGACGCCCUAAAUCUAAUUGCCAGAGAGGCUGAGGCCAGAUUGGCGGCGAAACGGGCUGCACGGGCUGAAGCACGAGAGAUCCGAAUGAAAGAGCUAGAAAGACAGCAGAAAGAGAUUUACCAGGUUCAAAAGAAAUAUUAUGGGCUGGAUUCAAAAUUUGGAGACAUCGAGCAGUGGAUGGAAGACAGUGAAAAAUACUCUCGCAGGUUCAGAAGACACACUUCGGUAUCUGAUGAAGAUGACUGGACCUCAGUGGGGAGUCGUGGUAGUACCCGGACAGGUUACGAGAGCAUUGGUGCCUGUGCAGUGGUUGCUGAGAAGAGUCGAAAGAAGAAGAAGAAACAGAAGGCCGCAAAUGGCUUUGAUGAGUUGUCAUGCGGAUCUGGGCCUAGUAAACAGUCCAGUAGGGGAAGCUGCUACUCUGACCUCCCUCUGUACAGCACUGGACCCAGCUCCAAGUCCCAUACGGCAUCACAGAAUGGAACUCGGCUUUCAGAACAUAACUGCUUUCUUGGCUCUGGCUCCCGCACAUCAUCUCGUGCGAGCUCAGCUCGUGCCAGUCCAGUGGUGGAAGAAAGGCUGGAGAAGGAUUUUACAGAGAAGAGUUCCCGGGCAGCUUCAAGCCUCUCUGCUGCUACCCUUGCCUCCUUGGGAGGCACUUCAUCAAGGAGAGGCAGUGGAGAGACCACCACCUCAAUGGAUACUGAAGGAUCAAUUCGAGAGAUCAAGGACUCGCUGGCCGAAGUAGAAGAGAAGUACAAAAAGGCAAUGGUAUCAAAUGCACAGCUGGACAAUGAGAAAACCAACUUCAUGUACCAGGUAGACACGCUAAGGGAAAGUUUGCUGGAGCUGGAGGAACAGUUAGCAGAGACACACAGGAUGCAUGAGGAGAAGACUAAGGAAUUGGACAGACAGAAACAUGCCUACAGCAUCCUGCAGCAUCAAUUUGAGACAAUGAAGGAGACUCUUAAAGAGAGGGAAGAGAUGUUAACGGAGAUCAAAGGGUUGAACCAGAAGCUGAUUUCCUCCACUCAAGAGAUCUCUGACCUCCAGGAGACGCUGGAAUGGAAGGACAAGAAAAUUGGGGCGUUAGAAAGACAAAAGGAAUACUCUGAUGCCAUCAGGAUUGAUCGGGAUGAGCUCAGGGAGGAGGUUGCCAUGCUCAAGGAAAGACUGAAGGCUUACGGGUUGCUGACAAAUGGUGAAGCUGAACCUGUGAGAAAGGAUGGCAAUACAUACAUGGAAGCUGCUGAAACAGGUCCACAGGCUGGAACCCAGCUACAAAGCUCAAGUGAUGGACCACUAGGAGAAGGCCACGUACUGCAAAUGAGGAAUGAGAUUUUGGAGACUGUUGGGCAAAGAGGAGUCUUGCAGAAUACUGGAAUUGAUGAACAGAUGGAGGAGACUGGGAAUCGGGAGAUGUUAAUGAAUAAUGUUCAAGAAAAGGACGUAAAUGAGGAGUAUGACGAACUGACUGAGGGUGAGGCACCAGCAAUGACUGUAAGAGAUAAUGGAGAUGCCGACCAGAUAGAACGUGCUGCAGCUAAUCUUGAUGAUGGAAAACAAAGUGCAUGUGACACACAAAGUCUUGGAGGUAAAGAGGUAUCUGAGGAAAUAUGGCAUGCCCUGGGAUCUGGAGGAGGAAUCCAAUGCUAUGGUAGCAUGGAGGAGAGUGAGAGUGAGAGUGACCUUGGAGUGAAUGAGAAACAUAUGCAGGAAAAUGUCAAACAGAAGCUUGAUCAUGAUGAGAGAAGCCAGACUGAAGUUGGAGACCCGAGAUCUCAUGAAGAGAUGAGGAAGGAAAAUUAUCCAGAAUUUAGAAAUGACAUAGAUGUCCUGUGUAAUGACAGUGCCGAUACAGAAGCUGAUGAUCAAACCAUUGUGGAGGAAACUCAAAAGGUCGUGCAACAAGUGCUGGAAAAUGCGAUAGAAACUUUGCAGCAGGACAUGUGUGGGUGUGAUUUACAGGAAGAGUCGAGGAAUGAGGAAAAAGAGGUCACCCAAGAGGGAGUAGGAUCAAUUCAGAGGAGAGAGGAUAACUUGACUGGGAUGCAGGAGCAGUCUGCUGAAGUUGUUCAUGUCGGAGAGAAGGAAUUGGAUGACACAAUGAGCAAAGAGAUGGGAGAGGAGCGGGUGGUCAUGAGGGACAUUGGGUUCCAUCCUGCAACAAACGGGAGUGAAAUCUGCACAGGAAAUCUUAACAAUGAGUUGGGCACAGCGAGUGAAGAAACAGGGUGUGUGCUGGAUAUUGCAAUUGGUCAGAAUGAAAAGUCUAAGUCCAGUGGAGGGGACAUGGAUCUCAUGGUUAGCUCAGUACAGGACGAAGUUAAAAAUGGAGAAGGAAGGGAGGAGUUAGUGGGCACAACCUUUGUUCAGCUAGAGAAAGAAGUGGAGGAAAUUGCAGAAAAAACUGAGAUUGGAAAUUAUACACUAACACAGACAGACCAACAGGAGGUGGAGUUAGGUGAAAAGGUCACUUGCCAUCUGAUCGGGGCAAGAAGUCCAAUAGUAGAUGAUGAAGUAAAACAGCCUUUUAGCCAUAAUGAAGAAUGGAAAGGUGAACCAACUGUGAUAGGCAAGGCAGAAGGUGAAUUACAGGCAGAAGUGAAGGACCUGGGAUUAGAGGAGGAACCAAUCAUUGAUGAAGUCAAGUCAGGUCCAGGUGUAGAGGAAGUUGACAGAACCACUCAGGUAGUGCUCCAAGGAAAGGUAGAAGGUAAUUUGGAACCCAGUUGUCUUCAGGAAAUGACACUGAUUGGAGAGGUAAAUAAAGCAGCAGUUGAGGUUGAGAAUCAGGCUAUUGGUGAUGACAAGAGUUACCAAGGGGAUGAGGUCAAGUGGCAUGAAGAAGAUGAGGAAAAUAUCCAAGACACUGGUGAAGCCAGGAGUCAGAGAAAGAAUGGGGAUAUGAUCAUCAAAAACCAGGAUGAUGAAAGGGAAAUCAAAGGUCUUAGUCCUGAUGAGGGCAAAGGUCAUGAAGGAGAUAAAGAAGAGGAGAUUGAACAGGGGAAAGACAGGGAGGUGGAAAGUCCGAGGAAUUAUGAGGAUGAGAUCAAAGGCAUCAAGUGCAAUGAGAUCAGGAGUCAAGGAGAGAAAGAGGAUGAAACUGAUGACAGUGCAGGUCUAAAUGAGAUUGAAGAUUGUGAAGAGGUGGUGCCAGUUCCUGGGAUAGUUAAUAGUGAGUUCAGGGAAAAGAGAGGUGAAAGUGAAAGCUCCAGUGCUAGGGAAUCUGGUGAAGAAGAGGGUGAGGUCAAAGUUCCGAUUGAAGAAGAGGGUGAGGUCAAAGGUCUAACUGAAGAAGGAGGAGAGGUCAAAGAUCCCCAGGAAAUGGAGGACAAUGAAGCCAGAGGUCCUGUUGAGGAGGAUGAGGUUAGGGUUCAAGGUCCCCAAGAAGAGAAUGGCAAGGUCAAAGACACCAGAGAGGAAGAUAAUGCCAAAGGGCUCAGAGAGGAGGAUAGUGUGGACCAACACUCUGAAGUGGAGGAUAAAGCCAAAGGCUUCAGAGAGGAGAUGUUGAAAAGUCACCAAGAAUGUAAGGAGGUUGAGAUCAUUUGUACCAAAGCAGAGAAGGAUAAUGUCCAAGCAACCAGAAAGGACGAGUUCAAAGGUCCCCUAGAAGAGCUGGAGGAUGGGGUCAAAGAUCCCAGAGAGGAGAAGACCAGACAUCCCAGUGAGGGGAUGAUGGAUGAGGUCAUAUUGCCCAAAGAAGUGGAGAAGGCCAAAGAUGUCAUAGAAGUGGUGGGGGUGGUCAGUGUCACAGAAGACGAGGAUGAGGUCCAAUGUGAACUGAAAGGUGAGAAACUACUUUGCACAAACGUUAAGGGAACUGUGCAAGAAAUGGGGAAGGAGGUCAGCCUAGGUGAAGAGUCAGAAGGAGUGUUUCCUAAUUUGAGAACAACAAAAAAAGAGAGGGAUGAAAUGGAGGAAAAGAUGGGAUUUCAACAAACUGAGUGUAAUUUAAGUGGGCAGGCAAGUGCUGUAGUCCAAGAGAUUGACCAAGGGAAGCAAACACAAAACGAAGAAGAAACUAACAAAGGCAAAUCAGAAACUAAUACUGAAGGUGUUUAUGAAGUAAUGGACAGCAAAGGCGACCAAGGAACACCAAUAAAAGAAGAGGCUACAAUAACUGAAGAGAUAACAGCUAAGGAGAGUCUGUCAGUGAGUAAUGGGGAAGAGGUGAGGCAAGUGAAAGAGUACAGUAGCGAUAAAAAAUUUGAGGGAGAUACUCAGCUGUCAGAAGGGUUUGUAAGUGAUCUUGUAGAAAACAAUGAAAGAGAAAGGCUCGAACUGAAUGAAAAGUCAGAGGAAGUAGCACAAGGGAAUGUGAAACAAGAUUCUCUAAAAAAUGCAAUGGUUUUGGAUAAUGUUAUAGACCAAGGUGAGACCCAAAGCUCCAGUGCAAAUGAACACAUGGUAUGUGAUGAAGAGGAAGGAAAGGUCGAAAGUCUAAUUGAAGAAGAGAGUGAGGUCAAAGGUUCCCAAGAAUUUGAGGGGGAUGCUGCCAAAGAGGACAGGACAGAAAUGCAAGACAGAAAGAGAGAAGACAUGGUAAAUGAGGAAAGGGAUAUGUCUGUGAGUGACAUGAAACCACAACACAAGACACCAGGCUGUAAGUCAACCAAAGAUGGGGCUGAUAAUGCACCAGUCUCUCAAACUGGUGUGGAGAAGGAGCAAGAUGAUGAGAAAAGAGAUGGGUUUGAGUGUAAUGAAGCAAUGAAUGAGAUAUUAGGAGAUGAAACUCAGGAUCGGAAGGAGGUGCUUGAAGUUGAAAUGGAAAGGGGAGAAGUGGAUUCUGGAAGUGAGACAGGACCUAAGCCCAAUAUGAGUACAGAGCCCAAUGAGCAAAUAAACCCCAUUGUAGACAACACUGGGGCUAGAAUGCCAAUACAAUACAAGCAGGAGGGAGAGCAAGGUGAGCAGAGAAACGAGAGUACAAUCAGCAACGACCAACAAUCCAAACAUAGUGGGGAGUCACCACAGGACAACAGGCAGAGUAUUAAGUCUGACAUGAGCACGUGGGACGACAAAGAAAUGGAACAAAACCCAGAAAUGGCUGAAACAGGAAAGGAUAGUAAGAGAAAAAGCAAAACCAAAGAUGACUGUUUGCUAUCAUGAGACCAAAUUACAAUCAGUAAAUAGCACUAUAGAAUUCAAACUGUACACUGCACUGUGUCAGAACUGCUAUUUUAAUAUAAAGUUAUCUGUUUGUCAUUGAUAAGAUUUGGAUUUGGUCAUAAGCUGAUAUUUGCACUAGAAUUUGAGCUACACUUGGUCCUACUUUACCAAAUCCUAUCUUCAGUCGUCUGCCCCCCAACUGCAGAUUAUGUCUGUUCUUUAGUUUUUCAGGAAGAGCACAAUUAAAAAGCAUUCAAAUUCUCCUUUCCGUGUCUCUCGUAGCUUGUCAUUGGCAGCUGAUUUUAAGUUGAUCCACAUAAUGCCAUGUGAUUGCUGUUUGACAGAGCAUUAGAUAGAAGCUUGAAGCCAUGGUAGUUUAUUCCAACACUUACCAUUUUCUGUGCCUUAAGUUUAAUGAACCACAUUCUUUGAUGCACUGAAUACUUCACAUAUUGUUUCAGGAGAUGCUUUGCGCAUUAACUCCAUUGCACAAUCGAUGCACAGUGUGUCUCCUAAUUUCUUGAUGGAUAAAAUUGGCCAGUGUGGAAUUGAAGAUUGGAGGGCCCUGAGAUCACUUCUUGUCCUGUGCAGAGAGUAAUAAUGCAUAAUAGAGUAAUAGUAAGGGUGCUUCCAUUGCCCAACUCCCUGGGUUAGGCAAGGAACGUCAGCAGGGGACAUAGGUUUGUAUUCAACUAGGAAUGCUAAUCCUCAACCUACCUCAGAGACUCCUGGAUUGUACAGGGAUAGAAAAUUCACCAGAUCCAACAACAAAAUGUGUUUAUAUAGCUCCUGUAACAUUCGAAAACUUCCUAAGCUGAUCCAUGGGUUUGUAAUGAAGUGAAAUACAGGCCACGAAAACUGCUAUAAGGUUAGCUGGCCAAAAACUUAGGUUUUAAGGUGCAUUUAAGAAGAGGCAAGGGAGGUGGAGAUGUUUAGGUUGUUAAUUCCACAACACAUGGCAUUUGAGGGGUCGGAGAAAGUUACAGAGGUAGGGAGGAUGAGAGCAUGUAGUGACCUGAAAUAAGAAUGGGAACCCUAAUAUUGAGGUGUUGCUUGACUGGCAGCCAGUGCAAAUUGAUAAGCAAGCACAGGAGAUACAGGAAUGGGACUUGAGCUGAAUAAGAACAUGGACAGCAGAAUUUUGGAUGUUGUCUAUUUAUAAAGGCAGAAUAUGGGAGACCAGUUGUGAGUGCAUUAGAAGAAUCGCAUAGGUAACAUAGGCAUGAAUUAAGAAUUUUGGCAGAGAAGAGAAGUAAUUUUAAGUAGAGAAGAGGAAAAAAAUCAAGCAACAUUACAGUGCUGGAAAUAAGCAAUAGUGCAGCUAUGUUGUCAGAAGUUCAUUUCUGGCUUAAGUAUAACACCAAGAUUGCUACAGCCUGGUUCAGCCUCAGAUAGUCAUCAGGGACAUUGGCUCAGUGGUUGGCACUGCUGCCUCACAGCACCAGAACCAUUUUAAGACAGAACCAUUGACCAUAUCCCAUCCAUAUUCUUAAUCACAGUCUAGUUUGCCCAAGGUUAGAAAAAUAGAAAAACCAGCUAAGGUUUUCUUGAUCCUUGUCCAAUAAGUCUUGUGUUCAGAUUGAGAGAAAAUUAGUUUGUGUUCCUACUCCCAGCUCCUGUCCAGUGAGCCCAUUAUCACUUAGAGAGAAAAUUAGCAUGCAUGCCCAUUCCUGACCCCUGUGUUUGUGAGAGGGGAAAUCAGCCAGUGUUCUUUCUUUGAUCCCCGUCUAGUAGACUGUGUGUUAGAGAAAGGGAAAAAGUAAUUGGUGUUUCUGCUCCUGGUUCCUUUCCAGUGACUCCUCUGUUCGAGAAAAGAGAAAUCAGGUAGGGCUUAGCUGCACAGUGUAGUUGUGAGGGAUAAUAGAUUAAAAAUCACACAACACCAGGUUAUAGUCCAACAGGUGUAUUUCGAAGCACUAGCUUUCAGAGAGCUGCUCCUUCAUCAGGUAGUUGUUGGACUAUAACCUGGUGUUGUGUGAUUUUUAACUUUGCCCACCCUGUCCAACACCAGCUCCUCUACAUUAGGGAUAAUAGGUGACAGUGAGAUUGAACUCUAGCUGUAUGCAGUCCUUGUUGAAUAAUCUACUAACAUUGACCAAGCUCAAACAGUGCAUUGUACUCAGGUAUGAGAACACUUGCUCAUAGCAAUGUAAUCUGUUCCCCCAUGAGAAUACAGUAUAUACUUUCAGGACAGCAGAGGAGCAAGGCUAAUGUGUAUCUUGUGUGCUCUAAAUGGCCUGUCCUGCGCAGACUGUAAAUUAUGUACCCUGUCCCUUUGCAAACUCUGCGCUGCACGAUUCAUCUCCUAACCUGGCACAGAUAUAUAUAAUGAUACAUUGCAUGUCUGUUUUUGACUGAACAGUAUUUUACCAUUUGCUGCACUUAUUGCAUAUUAUGAUAUAGCUGACUGCAGACUAAAUAUGAUGUAUGUUUAUGCCACUGCUGACUGUAUUUUCAUGCUGUAAUUGCUAUUCUAUGGUAUGUUCAUGUAUGGCCAUUGCAUUUAGAAUAUCAGCUCAGUAUAAGUUUAUGUGAGGUGCGACAGGGACAGGGUUAUGUGGUUCUUCAAGGUGCUCUAAAUCAUGAUGAAAGACCUGUGAUUUCAGGUGGUUCAGGUUGUAAGUGAAAUCAUUCAAUUCUUGGCGAUGUGCCUUGUGUUUAGAAAUUUGAGACAGUUGACAAACCAUACCGUGGGUGACUGUGUUUAACAUCAUGUUACAGCUUUCAAAUGGAUUGAGUGCCUCAAACUAUCUUUGAAAACAACUGCACUGUAAACAUGACAUGCUAAUGCAUCACUGAGUUACAAUCUGAAUAAAAGGGUCAUGUUUUGAUUUUAAUCAAAUUAUUUCAA